AUCAAAUUUGUUUUGUUGUAUUUUAUUUAAUGUAAAUGUACGCUGAGGGAGGAAUAAUUAUUAAUUUUGAUGAUAUUUGUUAUAAAAGAAUGUUGCACUACGUUGUUGUAUACAUUAGUUACAUGAAAAUUAAGAAACUAAGAUGAAUCUAGGAGACCCGGAGUUGGAAUUGAUAGACCCUACGCCCAACAUUCAUGCAUUAUUCAUUCAGUUCGACAGGACUUUCUUUUGGGCUAAACUUGCAAGCAGAGCCGUUGUCCGUUGGAGUAAGCGCAUGUAUUCAUGCGCUGGUAUAUGCUCCUAUGAGGGCAGGGGAGGCCUUUGUGACAUAGCUAUCAGUGAGCCCCUGCUGAAGCUGCGCCCGCGUAAAGAUCUGGUGGAGACGCUACUGCACGAAAUGAUCCAUGCAUUCCUGUUCAUCACACAGCGAGACCAAGACCGGGACGGCCAUGGUCCAAACUUUAAGGAGCAUAUGUACAGAAUCAACAUGGCAGCUGGGAUCAAUAUCAGCAUUUAUCAUGACUUUCAUGAUGAGGUUAAACUUUACCAGACUCAUUGGUGGCGGUGUAAUGGACCCUGCCAGUACAGAAAGCCUUACUUUGGAAUUGUGCGCCGAACUUCAAACUCUGCACCCGGGCCCAGGGAUAACUGGUGGACACAACAUCAGAGGAGUUGUGGAGGUAUGUUCAUUAAAAUCAAAGAGCCAGAAAAAAAGGACAAGAAAACACCAGUGGCCAAACCUAAGGGUGAUAUUACUAAGUAUAUAACAAGUAACAAGAAAACUACAACCGGGGAGCCAAAAAUUGUUCAAAUUAAUGAUAUUAAAUCUAAUUCACCACAAGUUCAAACAAAAUCUAACAAUUCCAACACAGUUGUGGUGACUCAGAAAGAUAUUAUUAAUACUAUAAAUAAACCUGCAGUAAAACAACCUUCCUUUGUUAUUGGUAAGUAUUAUACUAUUGGAGGAACUAGCACUAGAGUCCGAUCUAAUUCAGUUGAUGCAGCUGAAGCAGUCCGCAAUGUUUGGGCGAAGAAACAAUUGACGCCUAGUACUCUGUCAACCAAUGCUGCUGAAACGGUCAGGAAUACUUGGGCUAAGAAACAAUUGACACCUGCUACAGUUUCACCCAUUGCUGUUGCUAAAGAAAAAAAUAACAAUAAUGUCCUAAAGCCAAAUACUCCAAAUGUUUUCCCAAAGACAGCAACAACUAAUAUGAACAAUAAUAAUCUCAAUAAAAAAGUAACCAAACACAAGACUCAUUCUGAACAUGUUGAUUCUCCUCCUGGAAAAAUAAAAAAGAUUGAUGAUUACUUCAAGAAGAGCAUGACAUCCUUGCUUAAAGAUAUUUACGGUACCAACAUUGAUGUGGUAGAAUCAAAUACUAAUAACAAAUUGGUUGCUGUAAAUAAUGCGAGUACCAGCAGCUUACACUCUGCUCAUGUUGAUUGUCCUAUAUGCGGUUUGAAAAUAGAAGAACAAAAUAUAAAUGGCCACUUAGAUGAAUGUUUAAAUAAAGAUUUAAUAUCUGAAAUCUGCAAUGGGAAUGCAGCAGCACCAACAUUACAAGUUAAAACAGAGCCAGUUCCUAAUAAUAACCUACUAAGUCCUACAGUUGUAAAUAAAGCUUCAAAACAAGUUUCAAAAGAUAUAUUAGCUACUCUACAAAUGAUACCGCCUUACAAACCAAAACCGUUUCCUAAGCAAGAAACUGAAAUUAAAACGGAGAGGGAUAAAUUUGUAACCACGUUUAGAGGAUCAUUCCAUAACGAGACCGGAAACAUGAAUGGACCAAAUGAUUUGAACAAUAAAAUAAAUUGGAAUGAUCAAAUACCGAAAAUUAAGGCCGAUCCAGUAGAUCUCUAUAAAGCUGAGUCAGUUGUAAAGAAAGUUCAAUUUAAUGAACCUGUAGGAAAAUCAGAUAACUUUAUUAAACCAAAAGAUGAAAGAGGGAGUGGUGAUCCUUUUAAGGAAGAAGAUGCCAAAGUUAGAUUACCUGUAGUAAAAAACGAGCCUGGAACUAGUACAUUAUCUGUUUUUUCGCAUUGUCCAUGCUGUGGUAGUAAAGUUAGUAAACCUAUGGAUGAGCACUUGGACGAGUGUCUGGCGUUUUUCGGAACGGACACGGCACCCGAGGAAGCGACGAGCGUCGCCGACCAGGUGAUACUGGUGGACGACGAGGAGGACGUGUUCGACGAGUCGCAGCUGCUCAACGCGACCGGCACCAAGCUGCCGUGCCCCUGCUGCAUGCAGAUGGUGGAAAAUGAUGAUAUGAAUGCGCAUUUAGAUACCUGCUUGAGUUAAACUACUAAUUAUUAUUAUUUAUGUUAAUAUAUUACCCAAUCAUAUUAUAUUAAGUUUUGAAUUGAUGUUUUAGGUUAAUUUUGAGUGAUACGAAGACUUAAAUUGUGAUAUUAGAUUAAAUAAAAAAAUGAUGAUAAUUUUAAAAUA